AUGUCAGCUAUAAUCGAUGGAUCUUCCUUGUGGGAUAUGAUGGGUCUAUCGAUUGAUUCAACUACUUGGUACUCUGGAUUAGGUAUAAUAAUCCAAUCAAUGGUUUUAGCCAGUAUCUUAAGUAAAUCAAUAGAAUAUUUUGAUCGUUUUGAUAAAAAGAAAGAUCAUAGAGGUUUACUUGUAUCUAUCGGAUUUGGAACGACGAUUUCUCUAGGACUGUUGAUCCUUACUUGUGGCCAGACACGAACAUUGGUAUACAAACGAACGAAUAUCCCUUCCAACUCAAUCCGAUUUCUCCUCUUAGGCGAUAUGGUGAUCCUCCUCUUCAGUGGGAUAUCCUGUUCAAUAGUAGGGUGCUAUUAUACCUGGAGAUGCUAUGUGAUGUCGAAGAAUAAUCGAUACCUCCUGGGAUGUUUGAGUAUCGGACUGUUAAUUCAAUUCAUCAUUACGUUGGUUACCGCAGCACAUGGAUUUGCCCUUCCACAAUUGCAAGGAGAAUCUUUAACGCACUUACCAGCAUUCAUGGAUCGUGGCGAAUAUCUAUACAAUGUAUGGAGCAGUAUCACGUUGGUGAACAACGCUUUCAUUUCCAUUACAUCGUUGUUCCUCAUAUUCAGGACUAAAGAUGGGAUACAUCAUUACGAUUGGAGAAGUUAUCAUAGAUAUAUCUCUCUAUCAUACGAAUCUAUGUUAACACCGACCAUCUGUAUCUUGAUUAUGAUUUCAUCAAGUGGUUUAUCUGGAUCACCCAUGACCAAUAUAAGAAGAGUAUUCACAGUUGUACUUCCUUUGUUAUAUUAUAAUUCCUUUCUUCAAACUUUGGUAGGAAGACAAUACUUGCGAAAUAAAAUUGAAUCGAGAAACACUAAUAGUAUGGAAGAGAUGCGAUUGACAGGUGGACAAAGCGAUUUAGAUAAAAAACAACAACUGGGUCAAGGAAUACCGAUGGGGAUCAAUUUUGGUCUAGCUUCUAGUCCUGGAGUACGUAUGGGUGCUGGUGCUGGUGCUGGUGCUGGUGGUCAAUUUCUGGAUAUGAAAGGGGGUCAAAGAGUUUUCGUUAGUGCUCCAAGACGUUUUUGA